AUGGAGUACUCACGUCUACCUCUUCUCCCGAUCCUCGCUUCCAUUCGCCGUCGAUUGCCGCGCCUCUAUUCUUCUCACAACAACGAUCAUUUGAGCGGGGCGAUAUCUCAAAGGCUAUCGUCUUCAUCCGAGCCUUAUUUGCCAUAUAUGGGAAAGUUCGAACCGACGGAGAGCCAGCGGCCCUCAACAGCGAGCGACGACCUUGGCUCACUUGAUUCGACAUCAGGAUCGGACACCCCGCGGACGGACGAGGAGGGGUCACUGGCGAAGUAUGAGCAGGAGUCCGGCUUGCGAUGGAACCGUGUGGUUCCUGCAUUUAACCUCUUGCGCAACGCAGGCUAUGAGGCUCAACAGCCCCAAGGUGAUAGCCGCCUAGCACGGUCGUUGUAUAUCAGCGCCCUCAUGUACCUUCUGGAUGCAUUGCCGACCGAUCUCACACCCGAGGAAACAAGAAUGCUGGAGCAUCGUCUUCCCCAGCCUAUCAAGUCAUCCCUUGCUACGUAUCCCCAGACACAGCUCGCGCAGCUGGAUGCCAGUCCGACUAGACUCCGAACCGCCACCCGGGACCGAUCGUAUCUUCACAAACUCCUCGCUUCCAUUAUUGUUCAAUUGUUCAUUCUCAUCCGGGUUGUCUUGCCAUAUGCGAAGCUGUUACUGUAUCGAAUGUACGAGUACGAGCGGUCGCAUCGCAUCACCGAGCGUGCUGUCGCGAUGACCCUGGAUGCGGCUGAUGGGCUAGGCAAAAGAGGCAUUGAUAUUAGUUCUGCUGUAUGUAAAUUGCACGAGGGACGAAUCGGCGUGCUUUUGGGCGGUAUAGCGGGUUGGUGGAUUGAAGGAAUUGCGGGCGGCAUUUACGAUGGAGUCGGUGAAGGCAUGGUGCAUUUGGGGUUGCUGAGAACGGACCUCGAGCUCGAUAGGAUGGCGAUUAGGUAG